UGUCAGGAAUGGUCUCACACGGCAGGUGAGUCCCACCACCAGUGCUGAGUCCAUUGCUGAGAGAACCCGCUGGUCAGCUCUGGUACUGCAGCCCACACGGCAGGCGAGUCCCACCACCAGUGCUGAGUCCAUUCCUGACAAAUGGACUUGCCAGUAAUGGUGGGACUCACCUGCCUUGUGGGCUGCAGUACCAGGGCUGGCCAGCGGGUGCUCUCAGCAAUCAGAGACUCAACCCUGCAGCCAGCCAAACACCUGAAGCUGAUUAUGCAGGUGUAUUUAAGGGAUGGCCAGACCUGCAGUCUGGGCCUUGGUGUGUGCUUUUCUAUGGGCCCCUGUAUCUUGUUACCUGCAUCCCUGUUCCUGUUCCUGUCUGACUGAUUCGUUGCUGACCCUGCCUGA